UAUUUUACAGUAAUUAGUUUAAUAGUUGAUAAAAUGGGUCGAUUAGCAGAGGUGAUUAGCGAACAAUCAUCCGAGAAGUGUAAAACUUUUGUAUUCAUGGGUGAAGGUUAUACUUUGGGAAAUUCUUUAGUAGCAGUAAUCUCGCAAAAGUACGCCGCAUUAAUUAAAACAAGGAAACAUAUACUUGAGGAUCCAAGCGAAAAACGGAAAAGCUAUAGACAUACUAAGAAAAGGAUUACAAGAUUUUGAAAAGAUUUGUGAUCACACUUUAGAAACUUUCAACAAUGCUUAUGAACAGUUUAAGACUUCUAGAGAUAUGUUUGUAGAUAGACCAGUAGGAUGUCACUUGUGGAUCGCGAAAUCUCAUGACGAGUUUGAGUCAGACUUCGUCCGAGGAGGCAGUUUUAUUAGCACGCGGUUAUAAAUUUCUAAAAAAGCUGGGAGAAGGUGCUUACGCGAAGGUGUAUCUGGCGGAGUAUAAACCAGAAUCAGAUCCAGAAAGGAAUAGUACUUUGGCUUGCAAAGUGAUAGACACCGGGCUAGCGCCGAAAGAUUUCGUCCGAAAGUUUCUUCCCCGAGAGCUCGACAUCCUGGUGAAAUUGAAUCACCCUCACGUGGUGCAUGUACAUAGUAUAUUCCAAAGACGUACAAAAUAUUUCAUAUUUAUGCGUUACGCCGAGAACGGCGAUCUUCUGGAGUUUAUACUGAAGAACGGUGCGGUUGCAGAGGGACAGGCGCGUGUAUGGUUUCGACAACUUGCUCUUGGUCUUCAAUAUUUACACGAAAUGGAGAUUGCUCACAGAGACAUGAAAUGCGAGAAUGUUCUACUAACGUCAAAUUUCAAUGUCAAGCUUGCGGAUUUUGGAUUUGCUCGCUACGUGAUAGAUAAUCGAGGUAAACGCGUUCUGAGCGAUACUUAUUGCGGUUCUCUAUCGUACGCUGCCCCAGAGAUCCUUCGUGCUUCCCCAUACAAUCCAAAGAUCGCGGAUCUCUGGUCCCUUGGCGUCAUCCUCUACAUUCUUUUAAACAAAUCAAUGCCCUUUGACGACACUGAUAUCAAACGUCUGUACGAGCAACAAACAAAUCGCAAAUGGAAGUUCCGGAGUAAAAUCGCAGAAACCUUAAGCGAACAAGUAAAGAAGCUAGUGACUCGUCUUUUGGAACCUGAUGUCUCGAAACGCUGGAAGCUGGAUCAGACAUUGCACAGUGAAUGGAUUGCAAUGGAUCCUAGACUUCUGGUACUCACACCAGCUGAACAGACUGCUCUUAACAACGCAAUGCAGGAGAGGAAGAAAAUCGAAGAGAAAUUCUCUACGAAAGAUCCUAAAUUGUUCAAAGUGGAGGAAAAGAAAAAAAUGAACAAUACGGCUAAUGCGAAACCUGAAGAGGUCACCGUGAUUAAGAAAGCUGCCAGAGUAACAAUGUCUUCUGUAGCUGCUGGACCCAUAUUUAAACGCCCGUAGCGUUCAGGAGUAUACGUAUGUUGAGCUUUGUAUGAGUCUUCACGACCAUAAACCAUCAAGUUACUAUCAGGAGAAUUUUUCUACACCUUCAUACAUCUUGAACAGUUUUAUACACCUCUUAAAGGUUCUAUUUUAUUAGUUUCUUUCAUACUGAAUAACAAUAAUCAUACAUCAUUUAUUGUACAUUGAGACACCCAAAUAUUAGCAAAAUAAUAUUUAAUAUACUUUUGUUUAAAUUUCUCAGUUACAUAUAAAA